CCUGAAGCCGUGUUCCAAUGAAAGCAGGUGGAAUUCCCCCUUUCAACCAAUGGCGCUCUGCCCUCGCAACAAUCUCUUCGAAAAGGAUGUGUGGGCUCGGAUAUGGCUCUGGCGUGAAGUUGUUGGAAACGGACAAUCCCAGGAAGCAGGAUUUUGGCACUACUACACCAGCUAAAGCUUAGGGCUACCCGCUUGAAUGGGAACGAGUGAGCGGAUCAUUCAUAUUCGGUCAAGCGAACACUGGGAAUCCACUUCGGCGACGUCGGAUCGAAGAAAAUAGUGAUUUCUACAAAAGUUGCUCUGUCAAAAGCGAGCACGCAUGAGAAAUAAGGGUGACCUCUGGAUAAAAAAAGGCAUGGAUCACAAGAGUUAGACUAAGUUCUGACUCCCCUCGAGCUGUUUGUUUGUUUUUUCAACUCUGGAGAAGGACGUAAAACAGUCAACAUGCCUGCCAAAACAAAAUACAAUUUAGUCGAUGAUGGACACGAUUUGCGGAUUCCUUUACAUAACGAGGAAGCAUUCCAACAUGGGAUUAAUUUCGAAGCAAAGUAUAUCGGUAGUCUGGAUGUGGCUCGACCCAAUAGCCGUGUGGAGAUUGUUGCGGCCAUGAGGCGGAUAAGGUAUGAAUUUAAAGUGAAGAAUAUCAAAAAGAAGAAAGUCAACAUCAUUGUGUCCGUGGACGGGGUGAAAGUAGCGCUGAGGAAAAAGAAAAAGAAAAAAGAAUGGACCUGGGAUGAAAGCAAGAUGAUGGUGAUGCAAGACCCAAUAUACAGGAUAUUCUACGUAUCGCACGACUCUCAAGAUUUGAAGAUCUUCAGUUACAUUGCAAGAGAUGGACAGAGCAAUGUGUUUCGAUGUAACGUCUUUAAAUCAAAGAAAAAGAGCCAAGCCAUGCGGAUAGUGCGGACAGUGGGUCAGGCUUUUGAGGUCUGUCAUAAACUUAGCCUUCAGCACACCCAGCAAAACGCAGAUGGCCAGGAAGACGGUGACGCUGACAAGACUUGCACAGAUUCUGGAGUUACAGAGCGGGAGCUCACAGGGGCAGAAAAGCCGGCUCUAGAUGAGACGGACAUUGAUGCAGAGGAGCUUCCCCUCCCCGACAGCACAAUGGACGAGUUCAGUCGCGGCGUCACUGAUCUGGAUGCGCCCAAGAAAGAGGAAGAUCUCACCAAGGACAAAAAGCCCUCUGAGGAGCCCAACAUCCUGCUGGCUUCCCCUAAGUUGCUGCUUCCUUCAGGCAGUCAGGUCCCGGCCAGCACUCCUCUGUCUGUGCACCAUCAGCUCCAGCUGCUCCAGCAACAGCUCACCCAGCAGCAGCAGCAGACACAGGUGGCCGUGGCCCAGGUUCAUCUGCUGAAGGAUCAGCUCUCCGCAGAAGCUGCGGCAAGGAUUGAGGCCCAGGCUCGAGUUCACCAGCUGCUGUUGCAGAAUAAGGACCUACUGCAGCAUAUUUCUCUUCUGGUCAAACAGGUUCAGGAGUUGGAGCUCAAGAUGGCUGGAAAUGGCUCUAUGGGCUCUCAAGACAGUCUCCUUGAAAUCACCUUCCGUGCUAACGUGCCCCCAGUCCUAUGCGACCCCACCACCCCGAGACCAGAGGACGCCAUCCUACCUCCUUUCAACGACGGGACACCGCUCUCCCUGCCGCUGGGCAGUCCAAUAGUGGACCAAAGCAUGUUUGAGAACUGCAAUGCUGCGGAACAGCCGAAGCUGAACUUUCGUCCAGCGGGCUCCACGGACACGUCUGCCCUGGCAGGAUCCAGGACAGGUGGCAGCCAGCACCUAAAAAACGCCCUGAACUUGGGCAAAGCCAUGGGUGCGAAGGUAAACGACUUGCUCCGCCGAAAAGAUCCCAACAGCUUUGGAGACAUUGGAGUCACAGAGGUGAAUAAGAAUGUAGAGCCAGUGUGGUCCAACCUGAAUGAGAUGGGACACAGUACAGCAAAAAACAGUCACAUGUCCCUGGACUCCUUCCCUCGGCUUGAUCCCCCACCUCCCACCGGUAAAAAGCGUCUCCCACGUGCCCUGAAGACCACCCAGGACAUGAUGAUAUCCUCUGACCCCGUGGUGGCCUCCCCAGAAUCCUCCUUCGUCUCCUCACCUGACAAGAUCACCAAAGAUAAAGCUGAGCUUCAGUCUGAACCGAGCCUUGAAGAGUCCGGCCUCGAGAACCCUUCAGAACCUGGCGACCGUGUCAACAGCCAGAUGGAGAAAAGGCCCGGAUUAGAACUAAAAAACGAGCCCACAGCUGUGGUGACGGAUGAGAAAGAUUCUGAGGCUGUCGAUCAGUCACAGCUGCUGCUUUCUGUUCCAGAUCUCAUUCACAAAGACAAUCUGGACCCAAAGAAACUGGCCAACUCAGAAACUAGAAUGGCUUCCACCCCGUGUCCAGGGAAAGGGGGCUGCCGCAUCAGCGUCACUGAGGGGGAACUGUUGGGGAACGGCACUGUGGAUUACCGAACCCUCAACUCGGAGAACGAAGAAUCCCACCCUGACCUGCUGUCAUUUGAAUAACAGGCUUCCACAAUGGCCAAAAGUGUCUUGAAUCGGUCAUUUAGACUGCUUUCAUUCUGCAUUUCAUAUUUUGCCUUUAUAGCAAAGUACCACUGAUUGUACUUAGUUAUUUCGUAGAUAUAAUUAUUCAAAUGAUGAAAAUCACUGGGGGGGUUUUGUAUUCAUAGUAGCAUAAUUCUUUGAAAAAUUGUAUUUUAAAGAAAAAAAAACCAUGAUGAAUUAAUUAACACAAACCAAAGUCAAUACUACACUGCAAAAAAAAAACUUUUUUUCCAGUCAAAUAUUCCAGUAGAAUAUACUGGAACUUCAGAUGAAUUAAUUUACUUGAAAAGCAACACUGCAUAAGAUAUUAAGACAGUUUCUCGUUAUAUCUUGAAUAUUAGUCUAUUUUGUAUUUCUGUUUGUAACAUGACAGAUUGACAGAUUUGUUCACACAAGUAUAAACACGACAGACAAAACAUUUAUAAUGUUACAAAAGAUUUCUAUUUUAUAUAAAUGAUGUUCUUUUCAACAUUCGAUUCAUCAAAGAAUAUUAUUCAAUAUUUUAAGCGGCUGUUUACAACAUUGACAAUGAUACUAAAUGUUUCUUGAGCACCAAAUCAGCAUCGAAGCUUAGCUUUGCCAUCACAGGAAUAAAUUACAUUUACAUG